UAUAGGACCAUUGGGUUUCUAUAUAUUAGUGUCAGCUUGGAGUUUGCAAAGCAUCACGGGGCCGCUUCCUAUCAGGCAGUUUAGAGGACACCUACGCGGGGGCCUUCCUUGGGCUGACGCUGCUCGGUGGUCUUGUGUUUCCGGAUUGGGACCCAGUGAGAAGAGGAGACGCUGCUCAGUUGUCACAAUGAUGGAUAUAUUCGCUUCUAUCCCUACACAGAUGGACUAUAAAGGUCAAAAACUUGCAGAACAGAUAUUCCAAGGGAUAAUUCUAUUUUCUGCAGUGAUCGGCUUCAUUUACGGCUAUGUGAUUGAGCAGUUUGGCUGGACAGUGUCCAUAGUCAUCGCAGGCUUUCUUGUGUCUUCCUUGUUAACUCUUCCUCCAUGGCCGAUGUAUCGCCGCCAUCCAUUGAAAUGGUUGCCCGCCCAGGACUCUGCUACAGAUGACAAGAAACAGCAGGACAAGAAAUCCAAGAAGCACAAAUAACAGCCCACCUAAUGCCAUCACCACCAAUUCGGAGGACCACCUAUGAAAAAUGGACUUAAACUCAUAUUUUUCUGCUAAGCAGAACAUUUUGCUUAUAGGGUUUGUGUAACAGGUUAUGUCUGCAUGUCCAAUAAAGAUGCUGAGCUAUUA